AUGAACACCAAUCCCAUGAUGUUCUCCUCCGACACUGAUUCCACCGUGUCCUUCCAGUGUCAGCCACCACCAUCCGCAAACCAUUCCACCACCGCAUCCUCAUCCAACAGGAAUCCACGUGGCAGGCCCUUGGGCUCCAAAAACAAGCCCAAGCCCAACACCAUGAGCAUAACCGAGCCCAGUGCCAAGAUUGCCCUAAUCCACGUGCCCCAGGGCCACAACGUGGUUGAGUCCAUCAUGGACUUUGCUAAUCGUGAACAUGUCAGCGUGACAAUUCUCAGUGGAAGCGGCACCAUUGCUAGUGUCACCCUCCACCACCCGUCACGUGACUCAACCGCGUUCACGCUGCAUGGGCCUUUUGCCUUGGUCUCUUUCACUGGAACAUAUGUUUACAAUGACCAUUAUACCCUUAACACUGGAGCCACCCCUCCCCCUCGCAUGGCCUUCGGAAUCAGCCUCUGCACCGCUCAUGGCCAAGUCUUUCAGGGUGUUGUCGGUGGCAAAGUCAUUGCUGGCAAGUCCCUUAGCCUCACUGUGUCCACCUACAAGAAUCUCGAGAUUUACAAGUGUCAUCAUGAGGUGAAGCAGGACAACAACUAA